GGCCAGGGGCUCCGGGUCCCGGGAGGCUGGGCUGGCGGAGAGGCUGGCGAGCGCCCCCUGGCCGGCACCGCCUUCUGGGCGCACCCGCAGUGCGCCGGGCCUGCCAGCCCCGCCAGCCCCGCGCAGUCCCCGCGCCGUCCCCGCGCCACGGGGCAGCAGAGGCGCCGCGCACGCUCCAGCAUGAAAUUCCAUGAGGGCUGGCAUUUUGUCCCCAGAUGUGUCCCCAGGCACUCUAACAGGGCCUGGCACAUACCAAGUUCUGAAUAAAUAUGUGCAGAAAGAUGGUGCUGGAGUGCAGUGGCACAAUCUCAGCUCAUGGCAGCCUCCACCUCUGAGGCUCAAGGGAUCUUCUGGCCUCAGCCUCCUGAGUAGCCGGGACCACAGUUACAUGCCUCCAUGCCCUGGGUGCAACCAUGUCGCCAUUUCUUCGGAUUGGCUUGUCCAACUUUGACUGCGGGUCCUGCCAGUCUUGUCAGGGCGAGGCUGUUAACCCUUACUGUGCUGUGCUCGUCAAAGAGUAUGUCGAAUCAGAGAAUGGGCAGAUGUAUAUCCAGAAAAAGCCUACCAUGUACCCACCCUGGGACAGCACUUUUGAUGCCCACAUCAACAAGGGAAGAGUCAUGCAGAUCAUUGUGAAAGGCAAAAACGUGGACCUCAUCUCUGAAACCACCGUGGAGCUCUACUCGCUGGCUGAGAGGUGCAGGAAGAACAACGGGAAGACAGAAAUAUGGUUAGAGCUGAAACCUCAAGGCCGAAUGCUAAUGAAUGCAAGAUACUUUCUGGAAAUGAGUGACACAAAGGACAUGAGUGAAUUUGAGACGGAAGGCUUCUUUGCUUUGCAUCAGCGCCGGGGUGCCAUCAAGCAGGCAAAGGUCCACCACGUCAAGUGCCACGAGUUCACCGCCACCUUCUUCCCACAGCCCACAUUUUGCUCUGUCUGCCACGAGUUUGUCUGGGGCCUGAACAAACAGGGCUACCAGUGCCGACAAUGCAAUGCAGCAAUUCACAAGAAGUGUAUUGAUAAAGUUAUAGCAAAGUGCACAGGAUCAGCUAUCAAUAGCCGAGAAACCAUGUUCCACAAGGAGAGAUUCAAAAUUGACAUGCCACACAGAUUUAAAGUCUACAAUUACAAGAGCCCGACCUUCUGUGAGCACUGUGGGACCCUGCUGUGGGGACUGGCACGGCAAGGGCUCAAGUGUGAUGCAUGUGGCAUGAACGUACAUCACAGAUGCCAGACGAAGGUGGCCAACCUUUGUGGCAUAAACCAGAAGCUAAUGGCUGAAGCGCUGGCCAUGAUUGAGAGCACUCAACAGGCUCGCUGCUUGAGAGAUACUGAACAGAUCUUCAGAGAAGGUCCAGUUGAAAUUGGUCUCCCAUGCUCUACCAAAAAUGAAGCAAGGCCGCCAUGUUUACCGACACCAGGAAAACGAGAGCCUCAGGGCAUCUCCUGGGAGUCUCCGUUGGAUGAGGUGGAUAAAAUAUGCCAUCUUCCGGAACCUGAACUGAACAUAGAAAGACCAUCUCUGCAGAUGAAACUAAAAAUCGAGGAUUUUAUCUUGCACAAAAUGUUGGGGAAAGGCAGUUUUGGCAAGGUCUUCCUGGCAGAAUUCAAGAAAACCAAUCAAUUUUUCGCCAUAAAGGCCUUAAAGAAAGACGUGGUCUUGAUGGACGAUGAUGUUGAGUGCACGAUGGUAGAGAAGAGAGUUCUUUCCUUGGCCUGGGAGCAUCCGUUUCUGACGCACAUGUUUUGUACGUUCCAGACCAAGGAAAACCUCUUUUUUGUGAUGGAGUACCUCAACGGAGGGGACUUAAUGUAUCACAUCCAAAGCUGCCACAAGUUCGACCUUUCCAGAGCGACGUUUUAUGCUGCUGAAAUCAUUCUUGGUCUGCAGUUCCUUCAUUCCAAAGGAAUCGUCUACAGGGACCUGAAGCUAGAUAACAUCCUGUUAGACAAAGAUGGACAUAUCAAGAUUGCAGAUUUUGGAAUGUGCAAGGAGAACAUGUUAGGAGAUGCCAAGACGAAUACCUUCUGUGGGACACCUGACUAUAUCGCCCCGGAGAUCUUACUGGGUCAGCGAUACAACCAAUCUGUGGACUGGUGGUCCUUCGGGGUUCUCCUUUACGAGAUGCUGAUUGGCCAGUCGCCUUUCCACGGGCAGGACGAGGAGGAGCUCUUCCACUCCAUCCGCAUGGACAAUCCCUUUUACCCACGGUGGCUGGAGAAGGAGGCAAAGGACCUUCUGGUGAAGCUCUUUGUGCGAGAACCUGAGAAGAGGCUGGGCGUGAGGGGAGACAUCCGCCAGCACCCUUUGUUUCGAGAGAUCAACUGGGAGGAACUUGAACGGAAGGAGAUUGACCCCCCGUUCCGGCCGAAAGUGAAAUCACCAUACGACUGCAGCAAUUUCGACAAAGAAUUCUUAAAUGAGAAGCCUCGGCUAUCAUUCGCCGACAGGGCGCUGAUCAACAGCAUGGACCAGAAUAUGUUCAGGAACUUUUCCUUCAUGAACCCCGGGAUGGAGCGGCUGAUAUCCUGAAUCUUGCCCCUACAGAGACAGGAACAAAUUUGCCUUCCCCCUGGGGGCUGGUUCAAGAGACACUGCUUGGGUUCCUUUUUCAACUCGGAAAAGGAAAGAAACACUCAACAAUAAAGGCUCAGACCCGUUCGCCCCCCAUGGGACUUUUAUCUGUAGCAGAAACCAAGUCCACUUCACUAAUGACGAUGCCCUGUGUCUCGUCUCCUGACAUGUCUCACAGACGCUCCUGAAGUUAGGUCAUUACUAACCAUAGUUAUUUACUUGAAAGAUGGGUCUCUGCACUCGGAAAGGUUUCAAAACUUGAUACUGAAAUAAAUUAUGACUCUUCACCUGGGCUCCAACGGCUGAUCAAUGAAAUGCUUGUUGAAUCGGGGGCAAACGGAGUACAGACAUCUCAAGACUGAAACGGCCCCAUUGCCUGGUCUCGUAGUGGAUCUCACUCAGCCGUAGACGAGUAAUCACUAACCCGUUUUAUUCUAUUCCUAUCUGUGGAUGUGUACACGGCUGGGGACCAACCCUGGAUAGGUUUUUAUGGGAAUUCUUUACAACAAACAUACCUUGUAACUUGAGAUCUACAAAUCCAUUCAUCCUGAUUAACCAUGAAAUCCAUGGUCAAGAGGACAGUGGAAAGUGAGAGAAAGGUUUGCUAGACACCUUCGCUGGUUAUCUUGUCAAGAUAGAAAUGAUAUUUAGAGCUCCCCAAAGAUAGUAUCAUUUCACCCUUGCCAGUUAAACCUUUCUAUCCGCCCAUUCUCAGCAGACUCCAGUGUCGGUGGAGUCGUUCACUGCCAUCCUCACAUUAUAACAGGAAAAUAAAUGACAUGCAUAAGUCUCCUGGGAAAAGAACCUCAGCCCCUUCUCGUGCCAUGACUGGUGAUUUCAUGACUCUUAAGCCCCUCCGUAGGCAUCAUUCAAGAUCAAUGACCCGUGCAUGCUGUUUGCAGCAGUCAGUCGAGUUUAAUGAGAAUUCCAACCAUACAUUUUAAAAGUAUUUGUGCUGUGUGUAUAUUUUGAUAAAAUGUUGUGACUUAAUGACAAACAGGUGGAUGUGUAAAAAUGGAAU